UUCCUGGGUUACACUGUAGUUGAGCGGAAGGUAAACAUGCCGGCUUUUAUAAAGGUUGGACCGUCGUUGUAAGCCGUAGAUGUUUAAAUUAAACCGGUACCAGUCCGUCCAAUUGACUUUGACGCGCAGUUACCUGUUUGCGUCACCAUGUGGGUCUUCGGUUAUGGGUCCCUGAUCUGGAAAGUGGACUUCCCAUAUGAGGAGAAGAGAGUCGGUUACAUAAAGGGCUUCAGCCGCCGGUUCUGGCAGGGCAGCACCGACCACCGCGGAGUCCCGGGAAAGCCUGGUCGUGUUGUUACUUUGGUUAAAGAUCCUGAGGGGUGCGUUUGGGGCGUCGCCUACAAGCUACCGACAGGCCAAGAGCAGGAGGUAAAAAGCUACCUCGACUACCGCGAAAAAGGCGGCUACCAGGUCAUCACGGUGACCUUCUACCCCCGUCCUCAGUCCAACCACUCGCCGAGCCCGACGUUGCUGUACAUCGGCAACGAGGACAACCCUAACUACCUCGGCCCUGCUCCCUUGGAGGAAAUAGCCAGUCAGAUCCUGAAAUCCACUGGUCCGAGUGGUAAAAACACAGAGUACCUGUUCCAGCUGGCUGAAGCAGUGAGGUCUACCAUGCCUGAGGAUCCAGACAGGCAUCUGUUUUCUCUUGAAGCAAUAGUGAGAGAACGGCUACAAAAAGAACAACAAACGAUGAAAAUAGUUUGUCAAGAUUAGAUAAAGCAUUUUAUUUAUUAAAAAAACCAGAUUCGUCAAUGUUAAAAAUACUCAUACAGAAAUUUAAAUGAGUCUGGUCUUUAAAAGAAAUGUUAAACUCAUGAUUGCACCUUUGGUAGAAGAACCAAUGCUUAAUUUUAAUCUAUUUCUAAAAACACAUUGCUCAGGUAAACAAUGUGUUCAAAUGGAUGUUUAAAAUGCUUUACCCACACAUGACCUUCAAUAUGUUUUUUAAUAAAAGCAAAGAAAACAAAGAAUGUUUUUUACUUUGUCUUGCAGAUUAUAAUGAUUUAAUCACUUUUUAUUUCAAAUAUCAACAAUUUAGGGCAAAAAAACAAUUUGUGGCAAACCCAAUCCCUACAGAAGGGUAUUCCUAGGAGCUCCUGUUAGAGGUGUGCGUCACUGAAAGCUCUAAUCAACACUGCAGCACAUAAUGAUAGUGAACAGGGUUCAUAUUUACAAAGUAAACUUGAACUUGUGAAGAUCGCUAUGUUAACAUGCUAAUGUUAGUGCUCAGCUCUCAGCGCUGCUGUGACAAAUAACAGGCUUUCAGAAGAUGAUGGCUAGGGUGGUCUUUCAUACCCAGACGGACCGCUGUUAGCCCUGUUUUUUCAUUCUCUCAAUCACACUCUUAACGCAUAUAUUUCCAUUAAAAAUGGUGCAUUCCACUUGGUAUUUUAUCCAUAAUCGAUUCUGUUUUUCCUUUAGUUACAAAUAUAUUUUCCUACAUUC